GGGCGGGCGCGCUGGGUCACGUGGGCGGUGGCGCCCCGCCCCGCCCCGUCACGCGAAGCGCCACGCGGCCACCGGUUUCCCUGGCCGGCUCAGUAUCCUCACGCGGGGGCGCUGCGGCCGGGUCUCGCGGAGGUGGGGCUGGGAGUCGGGGAAGCAUGGAUCCUGAUGACUCUGAACAAGAUCCUGAAACAAAGGAGCAAUAUGCUUCUGUCUAUGUGGGUAGAGAAGAAGACAUUAAAAGAUCUGAAAGAAUAACAGCUGUUGUCCAUGACAGAGAAGUGGUCAUUUUCUACCACAAAGGAGAAUUUCAUGCCAUGGAUAUUCGCUGUUACCACUCAGGAGGACCUUUACAUUUGGGAGAAAUAGAGGAAUUUGAUGGACGAGCAUGUAUAGUUUGCCCCUGGCAUAAGUACAAAAUUACUUUGGAAACAGGAGAAGGACUGUAUCAGUCUAUAAAUCCUAAAGACCCAUCAGCAAAACCCAUGUGGUGCUCCAAAGGAAUAAAGCAAAGGAUUCACACAGUGACAGUGGACAAUGGGAAUAUUUAUGUGACUCUUUCUAAUGAGCCUUUUAAGUGUGACUCUGACUUUUAUGCCACUGGAAUCUUCAAAGUAAUUCCAAGUUCCUUCUGAUAAAAUUUCAUGGCAAUGAAAAA